CAACAGGUGGCAGCACUGCUGUGCCUGAGUCGGAUACUACAAUAACAAACCAGAAGAAGACGAUGUAGAGCUUCUCGAAAAUGUCUGAGUACGCCGCCGUCCAGAAGAGUGCCCUGAAAUUAAAAGGAGUAGGGGACAUUUCAGCUGGAAAAAAGAAGAAGAAGAAGGAUAAAGAGAGUAAGCAUCGCCUGGAGCAGGUCGUAACUAGUCAAGACAAUGACGAGGUGAAAACCACGAAGUCAUAUGUUGACAAAAGGACACCGGCACAAGUCGCUUUUGACAAGAUGCAAGAGAAGAGACAAAUGGAGAGGAUUUUGAACAAAGCAUCAAAGACACACAAACUCAGAGUGGAGGAUUUCAAUCGCCACCUGGACAACCUGACAGAACAUUAUGAUAUUCCCAAGGUCAGCUGGACCAAAUAAAAGAGGAACAAAUGUUCAUUUUAUUGUUUUGUUUACCGCUUGUACAAAAGAUCUUGCACAUCAGGCUUAAGAAAUUUGUUUUUUGCUAGUUUUAUAUAUUUACAAUUAAAAUGUGUUCAAUUGGCAUUCAGUCUCUUUUGUUGUAAUCGCUAUAUACAAUAAAGGAUUUAAGUAAA